UUCCGUUUCACCUGAUAGCGAUAGGCAAAACUGUGACUCACAAUUGUUGCUGCUGCAAACAUGCGGUGCUUGUUGAACCCAGAGUCCCACAAGCACACUCUCCGCCUAUAAUCCUUUGUCUCUGUACGUGGGAAACCGCAUGGUUGCUGUUUGCUUGCCCGGCUUCAUAGUUUCCAGUAAUCAGUGAGCAAAAAAUAUAAAUUAGCAUUUUGUUUUGUGGGUUUUGCUUCCUUUUAUCAUACAAUGGCUAUUUCAAUGCUCUAUGGAGCUCAAAAUCUCAAACUCAUUGGUGGCAUAGCACCAGCAACAGGAUUAGGUUCUGAUGGGACAAAAUUUCACUUUGGGGGUUUCUCCAAGAAGGGUUUAGUGAGUUAUGGGAGGAGUUACAAGACCAGAACUUUGGCACCCAUAUGCAGUGUCUCAUCCUCAAGGCCGGCCUCGCAGCCUAGGUUCAUACAGCACAAGCAAGAGGCAUUUUGGUUCUAUAGGUUCUUAUCUAUAGUGUAUGAUCAUGUUAUAAACCCUGGGCAUUGGACUGAGGAUAUGAGGGACGAUGCUCUCGAGCCUGCUGAUCUUUAUGAUCGGAAUAUGGUAGUGGUAGAUGUUGGUGGUGGAACUGGGUUCACAACUCUUGGUAUUGUUAAGCAUGUGGAUGCCAAAAAUGUCACAAUUCUUGACCAGUCACCUCACCAGCUGGCCAAGGCUAAGGAGAAGGAGCCCUUGAAAGAAUGCAAGAUAGUUGAAGGUGAUGCCGAAGAUCUGCCAUUCCCAACUGAUUAUGCAGAUCGAUAUGUCUCUGCUGGAAGUAUUGAGUACUGGCCGGACCCGCAACGUGGAAUCAAGGAAGCAUACAGGGUGCUAAAAAUAGGAGGAAAAGCUUGCCUUAUAGGCCCUGUAUACCCAACCUUUUGGCUGUCUCGUUUUUUUGCAGACGUGUGGAUGCUUUUCCCCAAGGAGGAAGAGUACAUUGAGUGGUUCAAAAAUGCUGGUUUCAAAGAUGUUAAACUCAAAAGGAUUGGUCCAAAAUGGUACCGUGGUGUCCGCCGCCAUGGCUUGAUUAUGGGUUGCUCUGUGACAGGUGUGAAGCCCUUAUCUGGGGACUCCCCUCUCCAGCUUGGUCCAAAGGUGGAGGAUGUAAGGAAGCCUGUGAAUCCAUUGGUGUUUCUUUUCCGGCUCAUUCUUGGUGCAAUGGCAGGAGCUUACUAUGUGCUGGUUCCGAUUUACAUGUGGAUUAAAGAUCAAAUUGUUCCAAAGGGCAGGCCUAUCUGAAAUGGGAGUUAGAAGAUGGGAAAUGAUUGUCAGCAUUCUCCUACAGUUUGCAUUCUUUCUUUCAAGAUUACCCUUUGUCCAGUGAAGCUAGCCAGACCAGAUAAUCUACUCCAUUUGACAAACACACCUCAAGGCAUUUGUGCUGUGGCGAUGCACCUUUUUACAGCUUAAGUUUGUUGGAACUAUGUUGUACAAGUGACUAACUUGAUCCGUAAUGUCAAUUUCCUUUCACAUUACAUGACAUUUCAAUUUAAAAUGAUGGAAUGUUCUCUGCGUGCUGAUGGAAGGAUGAGUGCCUAAGAAACAGGAAAGUGAUGAUAUGAUUAAGUUCAUUUCACUGGUUUUGCAAGCCGUCCA